GGUGUAGCAAAGAGUCUUGGCCUGGAGGAUCCUGUAGUCUGUCAGGAUCCUGUAGUCUGUCAGAGUAUGUACAUAUUCAAGCAACCAGGAAUUGGUGGGGAAGUAAUUCCACACCAAGACUCGACAUUCUUAUAUACCAAACCACAAAAGCUUGUAGGUUUAUGGUUAGCUUUAGAAGACGCCACACUUGAGAAUGGUUGUCUCUGGUUUAUUCCAGGCUCUCAUAAACAUGGUAUCCUUGGUGAGUGGAGAAUGGUGAGAAAUCCUGAUAAAACUGAAGGUGCAUCACAAACUAUAUUCACUGGUGAAUCGCAAAAAUGCGAUCCAGAAAAAUUCAUUGCUGGUCCUGUUAAAAAGGGUACACUAGUUUUGAUACAUGGUGAAGUUGUACAUAAGAGUGAGAAGAACCUGUCACAGAACUCGCGUCAUAUCUACACCUUUCAUAUGUAUGAUCAACAAGGGACUGAAUAUAGUAAAGAUAAUUGGUUACAGCCAACAGAGGAGAUGCCGUUCCCACGUUUAUAUACCUGAUAUACUGAAGUUCCAUGCUUUUUUAACCAGUAAAAUAUUUUAAACAGACUGUGAAUAAUAUUUAAAUUGCAAUUUACUUGAAAUAAGAAAUACACGAAGUUUUUAACAGAUUUAUUCUGAUAAAAUGUUGAGACAUUGACAAUAUUUUUAUUCUGCCUGUAAUUUAGGUUGAGCAUUUUAUGGGGUUUUAUUAUAUGUGUACGUAAACACUCUAAUGUAUCAUAAAAUGCUUGUUUUAAACACGAGAAGAAAAUGAUUAAAUCUACUUAUAUUUAUAGGCUCAACUAAAUGAAUCUUUUAAUGGUCGAUGAUGUUGUCCACAUUUAAAGUCACAUGAAGUUUGGCAGUUAAAUUUUCAAUUUCUUAAUUUAACACAUGCUUCACAAACUGUUCAUGUCUUCUACUUUCAGAUGUGUACUUUAUUCAACUUACUAUAUGUCUUAAAAUGAAAUAGAAUUUUAUCAAAUAUCAUCUGCUCUGGGCCAUCUUUAUUUUUCUGGCUCAGAAGUUAUCUUAGAUGCGAGCCAUCAAGAACUAUUAUAAUAUAACUAUAUACAUUGACUGACAAAACAUGUCAAACUAUGAAGCAACAAUAAAGCAAUAUUCUAACACAGUGCACAAUA